UCUUACACACUAGCUCACGAUAUUUCUCUCUCGCAUCUCGUGCUCUUUGUCGGUGUGUCUCUCUUGCACCCCCUUCCCUUCCAAGCCCCUUCUCCAAGACGGAGAAGGAGAAGAAGCGAGACGAGGCCCUGCAGCUGCAGCUCCUGCAGCAUCAGCGUGUUGCUUUUUCAUUCUCGCCCCGUCUGUUUGCUUGUUGUUGCAUUCUUGGUGGUAGAGGCGCCGCCUCCGCUGUUCUGCGAAUUUUUCGAUCAGAAAUCGUUCAUGCACGAUAUAAUUUGAAUUCCUCCGCUGAUAAUUUGUUGCAGUCGUUUUAAAGAAAGCCAACAGAAUGAUCUGGAAAUCAGGACUUGUGGCCUCACUUUUCAUUCUGUGGGUCGGUAUAGAUGAUUUUUUGGGCCCGAAUUCCGUUGACAGUUGUAAUGAAGCUGUGUGUGCAAGCAUUGUGAGUAAAUGUAUGUUAACUCAAUCAUGCAAAUGUGAUCUCAAGAACUGCAGUUGCUGCAAAGAAUGCUUUAGUUGCCUCAGCUAUCUGUAUACAGAAUGCUGUUCAUGUGUUGAAAUGUGUCCCAAGCCCAACCAGACAAACCCCAAUGCCUUAAGUAAGAGGAGCCAUGUGGAAGAGUUUAUAGAACCUAUCCCUGAACUAUUCCAAGCUCUGAUGGGCUCAGAGCCAGAUGCCCAGGAACGAUGGAUCACAGUGACAUUCCCGAUUGAUGUUGAACUGAACAAUGCUCAUUACAAGCCAAAUCUUGAAAAGGAGAUCAAAUAUCGCACCCAAUUUUCUGAACAAGAAGUAGUUCCAAGAAAGGAUGUUGCAACAUUCAAUUGUACUGUAGCAUAUAUGAGUCAGUGCAUGUCCUGGAACAAGUGUAAAGAGGCAUGCCAGUCCACUGGUGCAUCAAGUUACCGCUGGUUCCAUGAUGGUUGCUGUGAAUGUGUAGGUGCAACAUGUAUUAAUUAUGGUAUCAACGAAAGCAGAUGUCUGAGGUGCCCUCUGGAGAAGGAUUCCCUUAUUCCUGAUGAUGAUCCUGAUAGUUUGAUUUAUGAUGAUGUUGACUAUGAUGAACCAGCAUCUGCAGCUGUUGCUGCAAUGACAUCUCAAUCAAGUGGUGUUUUGGGAACGCAUUUGCCAUGAUAGUGAUUUUGUUGAUUUUUUGUUCAAACACAUGGAUUUUAAAUCUUUCCAACCAUAUUCUAGGUAAACAGGAAUGUGAUAUGCUUCUUAAAAUUAUUCAGACCAUCAAAAUAUUCAGAUUUUCAGUAUUUGCUAAAAUAGUAUUCUUACCAUUAGUGUUGCCAUCCUUGUCUGGAAAUUUAAAUUUAAUCAAGUAGACUGUAAAUAAUUAGUGGUGGUAUUAGUGUAAGUUCUUAUUCCAUUGAAAACUGGAAUCCCAUUUUUCAUUUUAGUGACCUGUGUGCAGGCACACUAAUGUUAUACUAAGGUAAGUUAUUCCGUCCUUUUUUAUUACUUAAGUGUUAAGGUUUGAUUUUACUUUUGAACAUCUUAAGCUCCCUUAGCUAUGUUGAGGGAGCAAUUUAUCAUGGCUUGACUCUUCAUGAGGCAAUUGUGAUAAUUUUAAUUAAUCUAGGUAGAACUUGACUGAAACAGUUAACACGUUCAGUACAGUGUUUCUCCAACCCCCAUGAUGCCCAGCCGCACUGAAUGUGUUAAAACAUGUUGGUAGGAAUAAUUAAGUGAUAAGCCCUUGAAUUUUACAUGGAAGAGAUUUCAGUUGCUGGAAGUUACAAUAUGAAGGCUGCUUUACAGUAUCUUCUCUUAUUGUAAGCUGUGCCAUACAGUACUGGGUAAAAGCCCGAAGAAAUUUAACUGAAAUGUGAAAGCAUUCCUUGACUUAUUUCUGUGGUACAUUUUAAUCUAAUUGAGAAUGAAAUAUAAGCCAUUGUCAUAGACCUGAUAUCUUGUAAAAUAAAAUUGAAAUCCCACUGUUUUGAGUUUUGA